UAAGACUAUAAGCAAGCAAUAUGGCAAUAGAAUUCAAAUACCCAGAUGGUACUGUUUACAAUGGCAUGUUUGAUGACCGUGGACUUCGGAUGGGAAUUGGCUCCAUUAUUUUCGGUGACAAAACAACUUACAAAGGAUCAUUUGAGAGUGGACUGUUCACUGGCAAAGGCAGCAUCAACUUUCCGGAUGGCGCUUCGUAUGCUGGAGAGUUUUGGCAAGGUAAAUUUUACGGUUAUGGUGUAUUCGUAAAUGUUGACGGAAUGAAAUAUGAAGGCCAAUUCAAGGACGGAGAAUUUCAUGGCUACGGUUUAGUUACAUAUGCUGAUGGAACUAAUGGCUUUCCGAAAAAAGAAGGUAUCUUUGAUAGAAAUGUAUGCAAAAUGAUAUGCGAAAGUUCUGACCAUGUAGAAAAAGCAAAGUCAAUAGCUCGAGCUGCUCAGCAGAUGCGAGUAUAAGAAAUGUGCUUUAAAACGCAAGUGUUUUCAUUGAUAAUGAGACCAUUACUGCACAAAUAUGAUAACGUCACUCUCUCAUAUUAUUAUUAGAUGAGAUUCCUGCACUAUUCCACAUCUAUUUUGUAGUUUUGCACUAACAGCAGUAAUCUUUGAAGAAGAAGAAGAAGAAGACGAAGAAGAAAAAG